GUUUCCAGUACAUGUUUGUGUCUGGAUACCAUAGCUGUUUGGAAUGGCACUAGUCUCUUUUUCUCUCUUAUGUUUGCUGCUUUUGGGCUUACAGCUGGGCUAUGGAGCCCCGGCUCCAGCCUCAGGCCCAGUGUUCCUGUCCGGUCAGGAAGCCGACAUCAUUCUGAAGAGACACAAACGCUACAACACUGGCUUGUUUGAGGAGAUAAUGGAAGGCAACUUGGAGAGAGAGUGUAUAAAGGAAGGAUGUGACCUGGAAGAGGCCAGGGAGAUCUUUGAAGAUGAUGAAAAGACGAUGCAGUUCUGGGUGGCAUAUCAAGAUGGCAAUCAAUGUAAAUCCAGCCCAUGUCUGAACCAAGGGUCCUGCAAAGACCACCUCGGUUACUACACCUGCACCUGUCCGUCUGGCUUCACUGGCCGGUCCUGUGAGAUUGUUAUAACAAAAAGGUGUGAUGUGAACAAUGGGGACUGUAUGCACUUCUGUGAAUCAAUGACAACCUUUGGAGCAAAAUGCUCCUGUGCGAGAGGAUACAGGCUGAUGCAGAACGGACUUAGCUGUGAACAAGAAGUUGAAUUUCCUUGUGGCAGAACGGCCCUGACAGAAGUAAGUGCAGUAUCCACGAGGUCUCUGUUCGGCCGUGGGAAAGAAAGCCUGCAGAACACCACUUCACUUACCAGCAUCAACACUACAACAUCCACUAACUCCUCUCCAGCCAGUAGUCCAGAGCCUUUUCCUGCUACAAAUGACUCUGUAGAAAACCAAUCUCAAAACAAAUUGCUCCGGAGGGUUUCCCGUGAUGCUGAGGUCCCGACUGAAGAGCCUAGUCCUUUUACGCGCAUCGUAGGCGGUGAGGUGGUAAUCCCAGGAGAGAUCCCAUGGCAGGUAGCCUUGGUAAAGCGACCCAGUGGUCAGUUAUUUUGCGGAGGCUCCAUUCUCAGUGAGCAGUGGGUUAUCACCGCGGCUCAUUGCCUGGUGGAGGCAGGAGACUCCUUCUUCAUCAGAGUAGGGGAGCAUAACAUCCACAUCAACGACGGCACAGAGCAGGAUCAUGACGUGUUGGAGCAGCACCUACACCCUCGCUACAACAGCACUGUGAGCUUGUACAACCAUGACAUCGCCUUGCUCUACCUCAAAAGCCCCAUCGUCUUCUCCACAACAGUGCGUCCCAUCUGCUUAGGGCCCAAGGCCUUCACCGAGGCUCUAGUGGUGGAAUCUUCCCCGGCCACGGUCAGCGGCUGGGGCAGAACACGCUUCCUUGGAGUCACAGCUGACACUUUGCAGAAAGUCGAGGUUCCCUUCACGGGUCGGACAGAGUGUAAGCGGAGCAGCAGUGCCAGGAUCACUUCAGUCAUGUUUUGUGCAGGAUACUAUAAUGAGGGAAAAGAUGCCUGUCAGGGGGACAGUGGAGGUCCUCACACAAACAAAAUCCAUCACACGUGGUUCCUUACAGGCAUUGUGAGCUGGGGGGAAGAAUGUGCCAAGCAGGGGAAAUAUGGUGUUUACACCCGGGUGUCCCUUUAUUAUCGCUGGAUAAACCAUGUUAUGGAUUCAACGGAACAAAGACUAGCAUUUGAGGAGGAAGACCCUGACCUUGAAAUUUAAAGAUUAUAGAUUUUAAGAAUAAAAGGAUUUUUGGAACAGAA